GGGGAAGGGAAGGGGAGGGAGGAAAGGAGGGACGGAAGGGAUAUUGAUGCUGCAGUAGCAGGCCAGAGCUGGUCUGGGUCCAACUUUUUAUUUUCGUUGGGGUGGGCCAUGUGUGCGAGCAAUUGGGCCCACUCGAUGUCGGAAGACUGGAAACUCAGGCAAGGGAGGGGAGGACGCGGUGAGUGGCUAUUUUGGAAAUUCACAAUUCGUCUAACUUACGAGCUGAAGUCACGCAGGUUCUCGGAUAACGUGAAGCAUUCAGUAUAGUGGUUGCACACAACGAAGUUUUACAGGGGGAGAUUGAAGUGCUCACGCACGCACUGAGGCGGCAAGCGGUGGAGACCGUUUUAUCGUUUAAUCUGUGGGCAGCUUUCCCGCUCCCUGAGAGUUUCCAUCAAUUUUCACAAUAAAGGUCAGGUGGAGGACCUGUUUGAGCAGGUGCAUUUGGAGUUUUUACCGCAACUAUAGUAGCUUUUCAUAUUAGCAUAGGAGCUUCCUUUGAUCUGGUCUAAUCACACAAUUGAAGGUGUGAGGGCUUAGUGAUGGACCGGGAACGGGAGAGAGACAAAAUGAAUGCUCAUAUGCAAGAACUACGUCAAUCAGGACUCUCUCUGAGCAUGUAUCCAGGUCCUUCAGACAACCGCAAGAAAGAGGAUAAUAGAUUUUCUGACGGAGGAAUGUUCAGCCUGGGCAGUACAUUGAUAAAAAAUAGGUCGGGCGAUGGAAAGCUUGUACAAUUUGGAGAAACAGGUGAUAUGACAUUGUCCGAGAAGAAUCUAAGGAUGGGUUCAGAGGCCCCUUCUGGUGUCGAAGAACGAAGAUUAACAGCAAACAGCAACCUUCAUCUUGACUCCAGGGUGGAAGCAGUCCAUUCGUUGACACCUAUGGGUCUUCUAUCGGAUUCUACAUCGCCUCCUCAUCAACCUUCAAAUGCACAAACUCCACCUUUGUAUAGGCAAGGAAUUCCUCCACAAAGAGGUUCUCCACCUUCAGGAGGGAUUAUAGCGGGUGCUCAUGUGAACGAAGGGCAAAAAACUUUCGCAAAGGAACCUCAUUCACUCCACAUGGCGAUGGAUCCUUCCAAAAGGUCGAUGACUGUGCAUGGACCCCCUGUUGAUCAUCAACAAAUUUCGAAGGCCGGUCAACGACGUCGGACUCCUAAUACAAGGGAGACCAAGGGGAUGGUAUCUGCCGGAAGUGCCCCUCAGCAAGUUUUUCAUCAACAUGCCCUUCAGCAACUCCAUCAACAGCAACAUGGUAUUCAGCACGUUUUGUAUCACCAUCCAAGUCAGCAUUCACAAGAAAGUUUCUACCUGCAAGGCCAAUACAAUGGUGCUGCUCAAAACGCACAACUUCAGACUAUGCAACAAUUCAACUCUUCUCAACAUCAUGCGAUGCCUCAGCCCCAAGGCCUUUUUAUGUCUAAUCACUCUUUGAAGGUCGAACCGGUUGAACUUGAGCGUAGCGCCUCAGUAGAUAGAGUGCAACUUGAGAAGGUUUCCUCUAUUGACAGAUCUUCACCACCUGACUCUCUUUCUCCCAAAGAAAGUGUAUCUGUAGCCGAAACCAGAGGGGUAGGGGAUGCGGAUUUGAAGAAGAUGAAUACAGAUGAGAGCAAACCUUCAGUCUCUCUAGGUUCGGCAGCAGAGUCAAAAGAUUCUGUGCGAUCUGGUAUACGUAGAGAUGGAGGGGACAGGGAGAGUCUGCAUCCUCAAAGCCAGUCAUCCGGAAGAACUUCCAGGGAGAAUAUGUUUGCAGAUUUAAAUGCAGAGCCUCCUGCUAGUGAUGGAGAAGAUGAAUGCCUUCUCCGAAUUGACGACGCGACGACUAUUGCCCAACCCGAAUCAAGUCGAACCACAACGGAAGAAAAGAGGAAGAGGAAAAAGACAAUCAAGGAUCCAAAAAUUUUGAAAGAAGGAGAAGAAGUGGACAACAAGAAAGCUAUCAAGGUUGUGAAAUCACGUGCGAAACCAAAGGUGGAAGUAGUGAUGGAUGGAAUUGAAGGCGAUGGAGACAAUCAUCUUGUAGGCGUGCUAACAACGAAAGAUGAUAAACUCAAAAGUCUGAAAGAUGGUCUGGUUUGUGUUACGAGGAAGCAGCCCAAGAACGCAAAUGCCCAUUUUACACUCGGGCUUUUGUAUCAACGUUCAGGACAUUUUGCCAAGGCUGGAUUAUGUUACACUCAAGCUAUAGAAGCCUUGAAGCAAUCUGAGGUGGACUCGAAUGCUCCAAGACCGCAAUUGAUGGCCACGAUACAGGUUCAUCACGCACAGUGUCUUUUGGAAGAGCUUUUUGGAGUCGAGGGUGAACCCGAAAAAGGUUUAACAGAUGAUGCUCUGGAGAAGCUUGUUCUCAAGCUGAAAGUAGCUACGCUCAUGGACAUUGGUCAAGCAGCUGUCUGGAGUACUCUUGGACUCCUACUACUACGAGCAGGGAAAGACAAAAGCGCAAUACAAAUCUUGACCUCACUGUUAGAAGUCGUCCCAGAUCAUUUGGACGCUCUCAACAAUCUAGGCGUUUCUUAUCUCCACAGUGGUGAGCUUGCACGGGCAGCACGUUGUUUUCAAACGGUUCUUGAGAAGGACAAGACUCGUCCUGGUGCUUUUUCGAACUACGCAGUCCAACUUCUGCACCAAUAUGGGUCAUUCUUCGCCAGUGCAGGAGCAGGAGCAGGGCCAGAGGCCUAUUUGACACGACAGGCAGCAGCAAAAGCUGCCCAGCAAUGUUCAGAGGCAGCUUUGAAAGAAGAUGCAAAAGCAGGUCAUGUCUGGUCCAAUUUGGCUGCUGCGCAUACUGCGCUGGGCAACAUAGAAAGCGCAAGCCAGUGCUUAGAGCAGGCAGCAAGACUGGACCCUACAAGGAUGUCCACCCGAUAUGCUGUUGCAGCCCAUCGAAUCAGAGAUGCAGAAAGGUGCGAGAAUUCCUCAGACCAGUUGGGAUAUGCAGCCAAUGAGAUGGCCUCUAUAUUAAGAGAAGGAGAUGCCACCACAGCUCAACCUUCCCUGGGUUGGUCGGGACUAGCAAUGGUUAAUAGGGCACAACAUGAAUCGGCUGCAGCAUUUGAGGAAGGAGGCGUCAACCUGAAAGAAGCAGAAGACAGAGCUCUUCAUACACUUGAACAGGCCAUAGAUGAAGAUCCUCAAGAUGCUCUUCAAUGGCAUCAAAUGGGUUUGCACACAUUGUGUACUUUGCAAUUUGGAGCUGCACAAAAGUUUCUGAAGACUUCUAUUGCCCGACAACGAUCAUGUUCUCCAGCAUGGACCAAUUUAGGUAUUGCCCUACAAUUAUCCGAAGAUCCAUCGAUUGCCGAAGGAGUGUACAAGGAGGCUCUUGUUCAUGCUCCCCAAGAACAAGCGCACAGCAUACACGCAAAUCUGGGUAACUUGUACCGGCAACAGAAAAGAUUCAGCGAGGCUCAUGAGUGUUUCAAAAAAGCUUUGGAGCUUUGCCCGGAUUAUGCUCCAGCAUGUAACAAUUUGGGGCUCUUAUAUGUCGCUGAGAACAAGUGGCAGGAAGCAAUUUCCUCCUUCGACAGAGCUCUGAGGGCAGACCCUUAUUUGGAUGCAGCAAAAUCGAAUCGCAUGAAAGCGAUAGCCCUUGCACAAAUGCAGGGAAACACCAUCGAGGAAUCCGGACCCCCUUUCAAUCCGGCAUCUGAACCUACUGCCACCAGCCUCCUGGUGGAUAGUGCAACUGCCGUCGUGGCUAGCUUGUCUGUACACAGUCCUCCCCAGCAACCUCAGAGAGAUCCUUUUCCCUUGCCAUCAGUUUCAUAGCAUCGCAAUUUCAUAGUGAUCAUGUAGAAGGCGGCGAAUAUUUUCUGAUUACUGGUACAAUUUGUCAAUAUGAACCACGGCGGUCGAAGUAGUCAUUGUAAAGAGCUGAAUUAGUCGGGAUAACGCAAACACCCUUUACUUAGAAUCAGAUCGUAAGUCAGGCUGAGUUUAGUCACAAGCUUCUCAAAGUCCGUCCUCUGGGCAGCUGUGUCGAGUACCGGUCGUACGGCCGUACCUCAUCAGUAAUAAAGAGAAAUGUCAUUGGCGCU